AUGCCCUGGUAUUCGAGCCUGGCGGAGUCGGAUGAUGGCAUCAAUUGUGUGUGGCUCAAGGAAAGCUUCUCGCGACUUCAAACAAAUCCAAGGGGAGCAAGUGAAAGUGCCGUAUCCAUGCUUUAUCCAUCUCACUUUGCAUGCAUUGGUGAAUUUCCUGCUUUCGACGUCCCAAGGUCAAACUCCCAAGGCUAUUGGUGCAAAAGUGUCGUCUUUUUCGGUGCGCAAACCGCAACAGUUGAAUAG